AUGAAAAACGCUCUCGCCGACAUCUUCUUCCAGAUGCUCCAAGAGGAGAAUCUCGGCCAUCAGGAGUGUUGCCCUGCGUUGCGCUAUCGCGAGGGCGCAGCAGACUCCGAUUAUCAUCUCGGACGAUGA